UUUAUGUUCCGAUUCAAGCACCGAUCUAGACUCGAUGAUGGCAGCGAUCUACAUUCCUCUGGAUCUCCAGAUCAAUACACUCUUAAGGUUGCAUGUGAAGUCUCUAUAUAGAUUUCGAUGCGUCUCCAAGGUUUGGUGCUCAGUCAUCACCAGCCGAGAUUUCAAUAACCGGCACAUGAAUAUUGUAGCUUACUCAGCUGCUCCUCCUCGUCUCCUCAUUGCUUUUGCAGACUUUUACGGUGAAAAGAUUCUGGUAGCCUCGUUGACUAACCCAAACACACCUUCCUCUUCCUCUUCCUCUUCUUACGGAGAUCUGAGCCUAGUCAACAUUAAAGGGAAAGAGGUGUAUAAUGCGGUUCGGGGUUUGAUCUGCGUCGGAGCCGGUUUUGCAAAUAUGGCGAUUUGUAACCCAAGCACGAGGCAGUAUGUUCCACAAAAUUUCCCAUGUCCUGAGUACAUGUUUGGGUACGAUCCUGUUGACGAUCAGUACAAAGUGCUGGCCGUUGAUAAUUGGUCACCGAGAGGGGAGCACAAGGUUAUGGUAUUGGGAGGAAAAGAAGCUUGGGGAAAGGCUCCGUGUGUCACAUGUCCUCGUCACUCUGUUCAUACAGGAGGGUUGUAUAUGAACGGAGCCAUGUAUUAUGGGGCUUCCAAGAAGGACAUCGAUCCCAAUAACGGGAUUUUCCAGGAUACCUUUUUUGCUAGGAAGGAUAUUUCUAUAAUCAUGAGUUUUGAUGUUAGGCUUGAAACGUUCAACAUCAUCAAAGUACCAAGCAAAGUUGUACCAAGAGGUUAUGAGAAUAUGUGGCUUCCUACACAGUGGGAUCUUACGGAUAAAACUUUGAUCAACUACGGAGGAAAAAUUGGUGCGGUUGAGAAUCCUCGUGAGGGUAGUUUUAGAAUGUGGGUUGUGGAAGAUGCUGAGAAAGAGGAAUGGUCCUUCAACACUUUUCAUCUUCCCGAAUCUGCUGCUGGCCUUGACUUCAAGGUCAUGGAUACCUUUCAUAACGGCGAGAUUUGUCUGUUGUCUGAUCCCUUUCAUCUUUUCUAUUACAAUUUGGAGAAGAAAAGCAUGAGAAGUGUCAUAAUUGAAGGACUGCCAGUUUCCAAGUUUAAGCAAGCCCGUCAACUUUCUGUGACUGUCUCAGAUCAUUAUGAGAGCCUCAUGUUUUUA